AUGUCCGCUUCCCUCAUGCAUGCCCCGCCCAUCGGGCUGGGUCUCUCACCAACAAAGUCGAACCUCACACAGCAGAUCGAACAGAGUGAAGGCGAGCGGACUCCGAGAUCUGCCAGAACCACGGCCAAGGGCUCUCCGAAACCACGAUCCCUUUCAGACGCCCCCAAACCUGUUCUCUCGCCUUCACCGGCUUUUCGUGAACCUUUGCGCCAAGUGUCCAAGGAUGACUCGGUCCUUGCUUCUCCUUGCACACCGACUCGACCCUCGACCCACGGUAGAGGACUGUCCCUCCACAUGCCGUCGAAAGAUGCCUCAGGAACCAGCGCGGGCCCAACAAUACCACGAAUACCAUUAUCACCAAAGUUAGACUCGUCGUAUGUGUAUGGCUCACCAUCUUCCAUGGUCCCAAGGAGGUCACGAGGGCUGGACUACGCGAGAGCAUGCACAAACCUACACCAUUCUACGUUGGCAGAGGCAUCGCCUGAUGCAUCGCCGGUUACUGGAAGAGGCAUACAAAUACCACAAAGAAGAAGUGUUGGAAACACCAUGCUUGAUUCACCGAGCAAUCAAUCAAACACACUAUGGUCGCUGCCAAACGACAGGACAAACUUGUCCAGCUCGGUCAGCUCAAUUAACAUGAUGGGCUCAGAUUCAGAUUCAGAAUCAAAUGGCUCUUCAGACGACAUGGCAAUCGAUCGCGAAAUGGAUGAAGCGAUAUUGACAACCCCUGCAGCGUCGAGAUUGAACCCUGGUGCGGUGCCGGCGUGGGUCAACAGCCCGGGUAUGGAGUGGAUGAACAAUCAACCCUCCCCAGCACAAGCGAGCCUCAUGAGCUUCCAGCCGAAUUUGAUGAGUUUCAGGAGAGCUCGGACGAGGAAGGGGAAGAGUCACCAUAGCUCGAGCAGUGUCAGCAUGAAUAGUUCCAAACCUUCACCGGGCCCUUUGUCUCCCGGAGUGCUGAAAAGUGUGGAGAACUCGGGAGGCAGUUACUUUGGGACCGGCCUAACCAAACAGCAGGUGCAGUCACGCCGUGAAAGUUUAAGCUUGGGGACAAACGAUCUCCACCUCUCUGACAGCGAAGAUAAUACCACGUCCCGUGUGACUACCGGACAAUCUCUCUCAGACAUGGAUGGCCCAAGUAACGACGACCCAAGAAAGGUGAUCCGCAGAGCGGUAACUCGCAGAGGCAAUCUACUUCCCAAAACAAAAGGCUUCGCCCGCAUACGCGCCCAGCUUCUCGAGGAAUCUGCCCCCAUUGAAAGCGAAGCACGCCGCGAGGCUGAAGUUAUCCGCCAGGUGCAGGACAACGACCCAACCAUCUCGCAAGCGACUUCGCCGAUCUUGCCCACCCAUGCUACAAACAACUUCGCGGUCGAACCGAUCGAGGAAUCGAUCGAGGAUAUGGUCAUGGAUAACACGAAGAACCAGCUGCCGCCUGAUAGCUUCAGCCGACAAGCGGAGAGAAAUUCUGCCGGUGUUGGUUUCUGGAACGGCUUCGAUGAGCGGUACCGAACUCCACCACCUUCCCUGCUACCUCGAGAAAGUUCUUCCGUUAUCAGUGACGACCUCAUGGACACUCCUGGCUCUUUCGAUAACCCUGCCCUUAAACACUUCAAUCGUUCUAGAUCGAGAUCGACCACGCCUCUAGCCCACAUCCCGCCCAUGGCUGGAGAUGUUGCACGACGAGUCAAUAACAAGCGCCGGAGAGAGGAGGACUUUGACCCACUGUACACCAAACGCCGAGCGGUGUCGCCCGGUAUGAGUGUCCAAAGCAGCCCGAUCUUGCCCCAAAGCCCUGUUCUCACCAGCGACAAGGCAUGGUCUAAGCUGCCACCGAAGGGUGGAAACGGACAUGGCGACCGCAGCAAUAGCGGAAGUAGCGUUACUGGGGCUAAGAAGAUUGGUCUCCAAGGCAUGACCGAGACGAACGAAGCUAUUAUGAGCAUGAGCAUCGACUGA